GCCUUGGACAGACUAGUACCGCUCACCUCUCCUACCGAGUGACGCGUGAGUGAGAAAUGGAAUAUCAUAUGGGGAACAAAUGGAAAGAGCAAAGCCUGUCCAGAACAUCUAUGUCAAGUCUGGUUAGCGCCGUCAUUACCGCCACCUAAUUUGGAAUGCAUUGCUCUGACGCACUGGCCGCAGCGUCCCUCUGAUGUGAUGCCCUUGUGUUGCUGUGAGUGGCGAGGGAAAGGACUCCACUUCAAGAUUAAUUCUCCCGUUCUCUUGAGAAUGUUGCUGGAGAAUUACAAGCCAUUAUAUGAAGUAGGACUAACUGCCGUAGAAACACAAGGUCGUCGUUGGACUCUGAGGUAAGUGGAGGUCAAGACAAGCCAAGGACACAGAGGCAGCAGCGUCACCACACGCCUCCCUCCGUAGCUAGUGAGGAACUGGUAUAUUAUUCCAGCUGUGUUCUUUGUAACUCGGAUGAAAAAAGUGAGCAACAAAGCAGCUGUGAACAAUAUAUCACAAGUGUUUACCACGUCAGAAGACAACACCUGUGCACGGAUGGCGCCAAGUGCAGAGGUUGUGAUGCACCUGCGAUGCUGAGGAUCAAUGUCCCAGUUUGGGGUGAUACAAAAUCCCAGCUUAAGGAAAUCCCAAGUCACCUGCAGCAUCAAGAAGGACAGACAACUGUAUCCUUAGAGACAAGUUAUGCUCAAGUGUCAAGAUAAUGGAGCCAACAUAUUCAAGCUUGUCUAGGAAUGGCACAAACUACAAUUCUAAGACUUCACCCGAGCAAACUUCAGAUUCUUGCUCUUCUUCAGAAGAUGAAGCACUUGAUGACAUUUUGGAUGAUGAAAACUACUGGUUGAAAUGUGCUUUGUGUGGUAAGAAAUUUGCUACGAAAAAGCUUCUUGAUAUUCAUAUGCUUGACCAUGGUAGCAAGAAAAACACCUGUAGAGUAUGUGGUAAAUUUCUUACAAGUAAAAAAAAUUUGAGGCUCCACAUGAGCAUACACAGUGGAGAAAAGAAUUUUAUAUGUGAGAUUUGUGGACAACGUUUCAGACUGAAAAAUUUCCUGAACAGGCACAGACAAUGCCAUUUGCCCAAAGCUUACAACUGUGAAAUAUGUGAUAAAACAUUCUCUCAUUCCUCUCGACUUGCCUUACACCAAAGAUCACACACUGAAAGGAAGUUUCAGUGUGAUAUAUGUGGAAAACUUUUUAGCCAAAAGCCACAUUUAAAUACACACAUGUUUAUUCAUAAUAACAAAAAAAAUUUCCAAUGUGAAGAGUGUGGAAAAUGCUUUUUUACCAAGGGAAAUUUGAAUAUCCAUUCUUUUGUUCAUACUGGUUUGAAGAAAUAUGAAUGCAAUGAAUGUGGUAAAGGAUUUCCAGUUCAAAGUCGACUGAAACUUCACAUGUUAGUGCACACAGGUGAGAAGUCAUAUCAGUGUGAAGAAUGUGGUAAGCAAUUUAAAUAUAAGAUAAGCUUGAAUAAUCACACAUUGCAUCAUCAUGGUGUAAACAAGAAGGUACAACUUGACAGUAGCCAUGAUAUAACAAUAGUGACUGAUGAGAGAUUUGAUGAAGGAAGAUGUUUUUCGUGUGGUGAAUGUGGUAAAUCAUUUGACUCAUUCGGCAGACUGGAAGGACAUAUGCAACUUCAUGAAAUAACAGAUGAAUCAUUCAGACCUCAUGAACCACUCUCAAGUGAUGUUAACUUAAGCAAAACAUCAAAAGGUUUCAAACAGUAUGAUUGCUAUAAAUGUGGUGGUCUAUUCACAUCAAAAAGUAGUCUCAGUACCCAUUUAAAGAGUGUGCAUAGUGAUGUGAAGCAGUUUCAGUGCUUGGCAUGUGAGAAAACUUUUUCAAGAAAAAGUUACCUUGAAAGCCACAUGGUUGUCCACACUGGAGAAAAAAAAUACAAAUGUGAGGAAUGUGGUAAAUGUUUUACUCAGAAAAGUAGCUUGAAUACACAUUUGAAUUUACACAAAAGUAUACAUAGAUGUAAUGAAUGUGGAAAAAUAUUUGGAAGAAGUAUACUCUUGAUGCGACACCUUAAGCACGGACACAGUGAAGGCAGGGUGGAUGCAGAGCAAGUGAGAACAACUGUUUUAUGUGAAAAUGACAGAAAUAGUGAUUUUGGUCAAGAACUUGCAAAAAGUGAUGAAAAAAUAGUAUUAGAAGAGUCAGAUAUAUUUCUCCCUAAUGAAGUAGAAGAGGACUUGUGCAUUUUGGUGGAAAUAGAUGAUAUUGGUCAUGAUCAAAGUAAUGUAAUAAUCCAAUCACACAUAUAAGAUGAUGGGAUUAGCUGUACUAAAUUCACUUUAAUAUUUCAGGUGUAAUUAAUAAGUGUUACAAAGAUGUUCACAUGUUAUUCUUUCAUGCAUGCUAUAUUACUUUUCUUUUGGUCUCCUAAAUAUAUUGCUUUGCAUUCCCCAUAUAUUUUAAUCUCUAUCUUGUGUACUCAUUUUCAGAGAAACAUUCUCAGUUUGUCUUGACUAUUCUCACAGGACUGAACCUUUUCCAUUCCCAUCAUCUCAUACAUAUCAAAGUCACCAUUACAACAGUUUUAAGAAUAACUUAACUGCAUCUGAGUCUGAACUAAAGGCUAAGUUAAGGGGACUGACGAGUUAAAAAAAAAUUUUUAAAUAGAAAAAUAAAUAAGAAAUAAAAGAUGCAAAAAUCAUCUCACGGCAUCCUUAGGCCAAAUAAUUCACAAUGCAUACAUGAUUAUUCUUCAUUCAUGUUUAGGUACUAUUUAAAUACUCAUACUCAUUUUUUUUUCUCAUUCACUGUGAUGAGUAAGAGGAAGUCUUACUUUACCCAAAGUGAAUUAAUGGCAAAAAACACAUCAAAUAUUAGCUGAAAGCAGAGAACAAAGUGAAGUUGUGUGGAUAAGCUCAUGGCAUGUCAUCCAGUCUGUCCUUGUCAGUAUCUCGCCUCCUAUUCCAUAUACUGUAUGUUAUUUUUCUGCCUCUGCUACCCUGACUACUACUUCUGCUAUGUCUCUACUACUGUACAAGUACAGUCACUGCCUUCUGCAUCAUUGUUUCCAUUAGCAAAAGAAUCUUGGUUAAAAAAUCUAAAAUUUUUGAGAGCAAUGAGGAAAUCACAUUCACUAAAUAGGAUGUAUUAGUUUCAGUGGAACAGCUGGAAGGACUUGUUGGCAAGAUGUGUGGUCCCAAAACAUGUAAAAAGGUUCUUGGCAUAACACUACCAGUCACUGGGCCAAAUGCAUCAUGGCCUCUUUGUAUGGAUUGUGUGCAGUGUUUCAUCCAAUAGACUCCAGAUGCCAUCUGUCAACACACUUGCAAUGAUAGUUCAAUAUCAUCUACAGUAAGUCCCUGCACUUGGCGAAUUAAUUAGUCUGGCGAAACUACCGCCAAAUGCGAAUUUCACCAAACACGAGUUCUUUUUACCAUAUAAAUUGCCUAAAAAAUGCCUCAAGCAGUCUUUGGUCAUUGCCAAAGUCCCUCUUUUGACCCCUAAAAAUACCAUCUUUCGAGCUGAAAUAAAAUAUUUUGCCUUCACAUAUUAGAACACAUGUACAAAACAGACAAAUAAACAAUAAAUAAAGCUAAUAAGACAUGAUAUAAAGGCUGCAACUCCCAUUUUUGCACCCAUUUCCCUUGCCCACUUUCGUCCUUGCCUCCACCACCAUUGUCCUUACCCAAACCAGUACCACUUGUUGCCCUAGAAGAGGCCAUGUUGUCGGUAAAUUGCCAGAAUUCGUUAUCAUGCUAGCAGAACAGAGGGUAGCACAAACAAAAUGGCUGAAGGGGACUCUCACACUGCAUUCUGAUAGGUUUAGAGAGAGGUCUGAUGUCACCGGGGAGCCAUGUGGUUCACCGUGCGGCCGCCAAGUUUCAAUUCUAAUUGCCAAGCGUGCACUCGGUGGUCCGUGGCCACCCUACCACCAAAAGUUAAUUUUACCAAGUUGAGAUUUGCCAAGUGCGGGGGCUUACUGUACAACUCCAAACAUAUACAGGCAACCCCCGCUUAACAAACAGGCUACAUUCCUAAAAAACGUUCGUUGUGCGAAUUUUCGUUAUGCGAACCAAUUAUAACAAGUUUGACCCGACUUGAACUUCCAUUGAGAGUAAACAAAGCAAGAGUGCAUCAUAGUACAGUAAAAGGUUUAAUGAAAGUAAAAGUUAUGAAGUUAAACAUUUAAGCAGUUUAAUUUAAGACUAAGUCAUUAUAAUGUACACUAAUGUAUGUAAGUAACUUUAUAAUGUUGUUGAUCUUAAAUUUAUGAAGGGAGGGAGAGUGGAGCAGGAAAUACGCUAGCUGGCAACCUGUGGAAUAUAAACAAGAGGCACAUCAUUGUACCACAUACAAAACUUAUGUACCAUAUUUCUACAAGGCUUUCCAUAUUAUCCAAUGCAGUGUCACGAGUUCAGGUGGUUCUCUUAGCUUGCAAGGAAGAUAUGGUCUCACCAGCCUUCUUAAUAGAGUCUGCUGACUUGAAAAUAGUAGAGACAGUAGAUGGAGUCAAGAUGGUGGUGAGCAUUGCUAUUAGUUUUCUUGCCUCUCGUGUCUGUGAAUAAUAUCCACCUUCACUUCGAGAGUAAGAGACUUCUUUCUCUUCUUAGCAAUGCUAGGCGACAUUGCAGGGCUGGUUGCAGGCGUUUUGAUGGCAUGUUGAGUGUGAGAUGACGAGCUGGUGCUGGACCUUGUUUUUGUUUUGAACUAAGAGCAGGGAAGGGUAGGGGAGUGAGUGGUGUGCAUGUUGUCCAUGAGAGGCGCUGGUGUAUUCAAAAGCCUGUUGGCUUGCGUAAUAUGGCAGGGCUUUCAAAAUUGGAAAAAAAUAACCUGGAUAAAAUUUUGUUAAAGCGAGUUUGGUGUUCGUUAUACGAGCAGAUGGUAGUAAAAGGAAACGUUCGUUGCAGCGAAAUUUUGUUGUGUGAACGUUCAUUAAGCGGGGGUUGCCCGUACAUUAAAAUAACAUGCACCUAAUCAUUGCAGUAUUUUAUAGUCGUAUAUGAAUGAAAAGCGUGCCUCUUUAAACUUUAAAAUCUUGUAUCUCACCAAUCUGAAGAGGCGAAUUGAUGUCUUUGUUACUAGAUGCCUUCACAGGUUCAUGGGGUACCGCUGGUAUGACUUUGUGUCAAAUCAGCGAUUGCUCCAUGAGACUGAUUCGAGGACCAACAUAGUCCGUCAACGCCAAUUGCAACUAUAUGGGCAUGUGGCACACUAUCCAGAAGCUGAUCCUGCAUAUCAGGUUGUCUCCAUAAGGCAUAACCCAGCAUGGAAGAUGCCAAGGGGAUGUCCACAGUCAAUGCCUCUUGCUGGGAAUUACUUGGAAUGAGAAGGGAGCCUGCAUGGAGACUUGCAAGGCAUGACCGCAUGGAGUAGCGCCAUAGAGUAGGCGAGGCAACGCGCCCCCCGGCAUAUGCCCCCCAUGAGUAAUUGAUUGAUGAUCUCAAGGUUUUUUAAUUGAUAAAACUAAAAAAUCCAAAUUUACACAAUUUAUUUUACAGAAUUGUGAACCUUGUGACAAGUCUUCAAAAAUAAAAAAGAAAAACUUGUCAAAAUAAGCCAAGUCAAAACCCCAAUUUUUUUGUUUGUCCUA